UCGAUUCUAUAUUUACAGCUGAUCUCUAUUCUGGAACUGUUGGAUUGACAGCUCCGGAAACUUAGCCAUUCAACUUCGACUUUUCUUCGCUAUUCUGAAAAAAAAUUACAUUUUAUAAACCAGAACAAUUCAGAAUUACGAGAAAUUUAGAAUAAGAUAGACAGAAUAGAGGUGUGUUUAUCGGGAAAAGAAAAGUUCAGUCCUAAUUGUUUAUGACAAGUAUCAACAAUGUCACGAACUGGAACAAAACUUGAUGCGAAAAAAGUGAACUCUGAACUAUUUACUCUAACUUAUGGCGCACUUGUAGCCCAAUUGAUCAAAGACUACGAGAAUGUGGAAGAUGUGAACAAACAAUUAGAAAGAAUGGGAUACAACAUAGGAAUUCGACUGAUAGAGGAUUUUCUAGCACGGACUGGUUCUGGUCGAUGUUACGACUUUAGAGAUACAGCUGAAAAGAUCCAGAGUGGCUUCAAGAUAUUCCUCGGUAUAACACCAUCAAUUACAAAUUGGAGCCCAGCUGGAGACGAAUUCUCUUUGUGUUUCGAGACAAAUCCAUUAACAGAAUUUGUAGAAUUACCAGAUAAUUGUUCAAACUUGAAGUAUUGUAAUAUAUUAACUGGCGUACUUAGAGGAGCUUGUGAAAUGGUGCAAAUGGAAAUAGCCUGCUGGUUUGUACAAGAUCAACUUAAAAACGAUAAUGUAACCGAAUUGCGUGUCAAAUUUAUCAAAAGAUUAGAAGAUGCAAUACCAGCAGGCGAAGAUUGAACAUAUCUGUUGUUUAAUGUGCAAAUGUUAUGUUAAUGUUAUAUAUUAUUUUAAUGAUAAAAUUUGUUUUGUAUUUUGCGUUAAGAUAUAAUUAUAAGGUAUAUUAGCCACGCAUUUAUUUUCUCAUACACUGUAUAUUUUACAGUUUUUCAUUUAAAAGUAGUAUAUAUUGAGAUUCAUUUUAAGGCCAUUUACAUGAAUGUAAUGACAAUGAAAUAAACAAAGUAUCAACUUUAUACAUCUACAUAUA